CGUUAUUUGACCAGAGGGAAGCACAGCGAACGGGAGCAGAGCUCAGCCUCCCCACCUGCCCCUCGUCUGGCCCGCCACUCUCCUGGCGUUUCCGCAUCACGCUCGCCUCCUCCUCCCCCCCCCCCCCCCCGGAGGAGCACGCUCCUCGACCCCACUAUCGCUUGACUUUCUCCGGUUUUCGUUUCUUCCACCCGCCUCUCUGGGAUAUAUAUCGCCGGGACGUGGGAAGGAGGGCGCCGGCGUGUUCCCGCGUGAGAGAGCACGCUCGCCCAGUGCCAUGCGCCGCGCUGGCCGCCUUGUGACUCACGCCAGCCAUACAGCAUGAGAGGAGGCCACCACCCGCGGGGCUGCGCCUGCCACCAUCUCUUCCGGAAAGUGCUGCUGAAGUGUGGCUGCUGCUACGUCAGGGUCAGAGAGUCAUACUCUGUGGCGGGUAGCGAGGGCAGCAUCUCCACAUCUGUGGCCUCUCUGCCCCCCCAGGCCUCGGGGGGGUCCGCCCCCAGCUCUCCCGGAUCUCGGCGUUCCGUCAGCACCCUCAAGAAAUGGCUGACCAACCCAGUGCGUAAGCUGAGUUCCAGCUCCGGCGGGGGGGGCAAGGGUGAGCGACAGGUCCGCCGAGUGGAGACCAAGGCCCCGGCCCCCCCCUGUAAGGACUGUGGGGAGCGCUGUGCUGCUCCUUCCGUGACAGACAAAGAGCUGGAAUGGCAGAGCAAUCCGCUGCAUCCUGAACACUGCCCCCAGGAGAUCCAUCUGUGUGAUGGUUACCUGUCCCAGCUAGUACCAGUAAGAAGCUCAACAUCGCCAGUGCAGUCAGAAGAGUUUCCUGGAAAACAUCAAGCAAAGCAUCAAGCAAAGCACACGGACCACCUGCCCUCUAAUCAGGUGAGAGAAGAGAACAGCUUCGCCAUGAUGGAUGAUGCGUCCAGCCAAUCGUCAACCACUACAGACAGCGAGGAAGAGAAGAGGAGUACCUUAGAGAAGAGCACCUACGUACUGAAGGAGCUUGUUGAGACGGAGAAGCUGUACGUGGCUGACCUGGGACUCAUCGUGGAGGGCUACAGGGCCACCAUGAAUGAAAAGGGAGUACCAGAAGAUAUGAAGGGAAGGGACAAGAUCGUGUUUGGGAACAUCCACCAGAUAUUCGACUGGCAUAAGGGCUACUUCCUGGGGGAGCUGGAGAAGUGUGUAGAGGAACCUGAGAGGUUGGCGCAGCUCUUCAUCAAGCAUGAACGGCGGUUGCACAUGUACGUGGUGUACUGUCAGAACAAGCCCAGAUCGGAGCACAUCGUCUCUGAAUACAUCGAUAGCUACUUUGAAGAGCUCAGGCAGCAGCUGGGUCACCGGCUCCAGCUCAAUGACCUGCUCAUCAAGCCAGUGCAAAGGAUCAUGAAGUAUCAGCUUCUGCUCAAGGACUUCUUGAAGUACUACACCAAGGCUGGAAUGGACACUACUGAGUUGGAGAAGGCAGUGGAGGUCAUGUGCUUCGUCCCCAAACGUUGCAACGACAUGAUGAAUGUGGGAAGGCUCCAGGGGUUUGAGGGAAAGAUCACGGCACAAGGGAAGUUACUCCUGCAGGACACAUUUAUGGUGACCGAGCAAGACAACAGCAUCCUGUCUCGGGCCAGGGAGAGGCGGGUCUUCCUGUUCGAGCAGCUUGUCAUCUUCAGUGAACCUAUUGACAGAAAGAAGGGCUUCUCAUUGCCAGGAUAUAUCUUCAAAAACAGUAUCAAGGUCAGCUGCCUCGGCUUGGAGACGUGUGCCGAGGCCGACACGUGCCGCUUCGUGCUGACGUCCCGCGGGGCCAGCGGUAGCGCUGUCCGCUUCACACUGCAGGCAGCGACGCCCCAUAUCUGCAGAGCCUGGGUGCUCGACGUGGGCCAGAUCCUAGAGACGCAGCGCAACUUCUUAAAUGCUCUGCAGUCACCCAUCGAGUACCAGCGACGCGAGGGCAAGUCCAGCAGCCUGGGACGGGCCAUGCGGGCACCGACGGCGGCCGACCUCACGCUGCGCCCCCACUCCUCUGCCUCCUUUGACCGCCAGCAGCUGCCCUACCUGCAUGCUUACAACAGCUCACUGCCCUCCCUCCACAUGCCCAGCCAGGGGCAGCAGAGGGCCAGUGAGGGCCAUGUGAAGGCCUUAGGGAGUGAGGCUGGGUGCUUCUCGCCCAGCCCGCCGGGGAUCCAGAGGCUCGGCAGCCUGGCAAAGCUGGACGAGGAUGAACUGUGAGCACAGAGACUCUGCGUCUCCUGCUGCCCCCAGCACCAAACUCCACGGAGACUCUGCAUCUCCUGCUGCCCCCAGCACCAAACUCCACGGAGACUCUGCGUCUCCUGCUGCCCCCAGCACCAAAUUCCACAGAGACUCUGCAUCUCCUGCUGCCCCCAGCACCAAACUCCACGGAGACUCUGCGUCUCCCGCUGCCCCCAGCACCAAACUCCACGGAGACUCUGCGUCUCCUCCUGCCCCCAGCACCAAACUCCACGGAGACUCUGCGUCUCCUCCUGCCCCCAGCACCAAACUUCACAGAGACUCUGCGUCUCCUGCUGCCCCCAGCACCAAACUCCACGGAGACUCUGCGUCUCCUGCUGCCCCCAGCACCAAACUCCACGGAGACUCUGCGUCUCCUCCUGCCCCCAGCACCAAACUCCACGGAGACUCUGCGUCUCCUGCUGCCCCCAGCACCAAACUCCACAGAGACUAAGCGUCUCCUCCUGCCCCCAACACCAAACUCCACUGAGACUCUGCAUCUCCUCCUGCCCCCAGCACCAAACUCCACGGAGACUCUGUGUCUCCUCCUGCUCCCAGCACCAAACUCCACGGAAACUCUGCGUCUCCUCCUGCCCCCAGCACCAAACUUCACAGAGACUCUGCGUCUCCUGCUGCCCCCAGCACCAAACUCCACAGAGACUAAGCGUCUCCUCCUGCCCCCAACACCAAACUCCACGGAGACUCUGCGUCUCCUCCUGCCCCCAGCACCAAACUUCACAGAGCGCGAUGGUGCUGCAUCAUCUUAAUCUGCUCGCCAUAGCUGAUGUGGCCUUUAGGCUGCAUCUCUUUCUGCUCUUUUUGUCUCAUCUCUUCUUUCCUACCGGUUUUUACUCCUUAAGACUUUUUCCUCGUCUUUGUUUUCUUUCCCUUUUUAAUGUUCCAGACCAAGGAAGGGGGGGGGGUGUUAAAUGAGCAUUUCUCUCCGACAGUGAGAAUGGGCACCUUGACGUGUCGACAAUUAAGAAUUCAGAUUAAGUUAGGUAUAUGCUGGAAACCGGGACGUUCCCGGAGACAGAUUUUACAUACAGAAUUUUUUGUAUGCAUGUGUAACAGGCAAGAGAUCCUUAGCAAUUGCUGACCUCACUCUUCAAAGCCCUGCCAAGGACGAACCUUCUUCCAUCAUGCAGCAGAUGUACUUCAUUCAGGAGAAGGUGCCACUGGAUCAGCUCCUUCAGUCAGUCAGAGAGGCAAGGAGAAGCCAGACCUCAGACAGGUCAAAUCUGGACAUCUUUAGCAGAUGGGAGCUUCUUGUACUUUUAAAGGACAUGGGCGAUGGCGAUGUCAUCGCCGAUUUAUUUUUACUUCUUAAUUUUUCCAAAACAAAGGUAUUCAUAGGUUGUGGAAAUGUCACGGGAUGUGAACGGUCCUUAUAAGGCCCCCUAUGGAUGGUUUUUACAGAGACGCUCCACUCUGGGUCAGCUGAAGUCCUGCCUGAAGCCCCCACCAUCUCUUACAUGGAUACCAAAUCUGUGCCUGUGGUCCAAUUGGGUUUAGCUCACUUGGGGAUUAAAAAAAAUCACUCUUAACCUGUCUGUGUUUGCCUUACAUUACUGGUUUCUGUGGUCCCACCAGUAGGUAGGAAUCGGCUGAUCUGAUCAGUCAUUUUAAAACAUGACAAUCACCAUAAAGAGGGAGAAGUGCGGGUUUAAGUAUCCAAAGGGAUCUGCAGCCUUGGCAGCUCAGGUGACACUGGUGAAAAUGCCACACCUGGCAUAUAAAGGAUUUUUGCACAGGGUAUAAUCAGUUGAAUGUCUUACUGUGUCUUAGGCGAGGGAUCCAAAGAACACCUUGAAACUCCGGCCAUGGUGACUCCUGCCCUAAUUCACUCCUCUGGAGUCGUCACUGCAGGCACAGCUGCUCAUCCUGCACCGUAUCUGGUGUGAUUCUUCGGUCCUGAUUUCAUACCUGGCCUCUUGGGGAGGCUUGAGUGCACUUAGCUGUCUCGCCUGGAUUCUCCAUACCGAUCAGAUUAUUUCACCCUUCUUAAUUUGCAUGCUUAUCAAAGACAAAACACAUACCAGGGAGUGAACAUACAGAAGGAGAGGAUGGGAGAUGGAUGAAACUGCCUGACCUAUGAGCAUUUGCCAUUGUAUCAUGUUUAAAUAAAACUUUUUGAAAACUCA